GCCUCGCAGAUGGCUGUGUACAUAUAGCCGAGCGGACAAUCCAAGGCAAAUUGCGAGUGUACUGAAGCUCGCGCUCCUGGCUGAGCGCCGGUCAUCUGCUGCACGCAUGAGGCGAGUUUUCCCACCAUGGGAGCUGUGCGCAACGCAACGGGCUCGUUUUUGAUUUGCAGCCUGCUGCAGCAAGGAGCGGCUGUGCAUGACGUGUCUUGGUCCUGUCAGGCGAUGCUGCAUCGGCGAUUCUUCAAGUCUUUAUGCUGUAGAACAACGGAACAAAGUGUCGUCGAUGAUGGGCUGCAGUUCUCAGACCUCACUUGGCUGACCAGAACAGUCGACGGAUGGGAUGGUCUUUGCUGACGGGUGCUGAGCGUCGAGGUCGAGCGUCCGCCAGCAGCGCCUUGAUUGCCUAGGCUGGUGCACGAAGGGCCUGUUGUGGCCGCAUUUCUGUUCCCAUGUGUCCAUAUACUCACGACUCGAUAACGUUUGCGACAAAACUC